UGAAAGCCAUUCGAAAUGGCAUCGUCAACCCUAGCCGGUGGUAGGAUCGAGACGAUGAAGGUAUCGGUCAGGUUCCCAGAGGACCGGCCGGCCCUGGUGCGGGCCAAGAUCCCCGUCUGCGUACUCGGCCUGCCUUUCAUCUCUGGCGCCGCCGCCGCCGUCGGCGACGCCCGCGAGCUCCGGCUCGACCUCUCCACCGCCUUUGGCGCCGGCCCCUCCUUCCGCCUCUCCUACCGCCCCAACGACCCCCACAAACCCUUCUCCCUCGUCCUCAAGACCGGCGCUGGCCCCCUCGGCUCCCCCGCCGGGGGUUCCCCUCUCGCCAUGUCCGCCGAGUUUGGCCUCUUCGGCGCCCGACCAACUUUCUCCCUCCUCCUCAAGCCUCGCUUCGGCGACUUCACAUUCAAGAAAUCCGUUGCUGCCGCCCCCGCGGCCGCCUCCCCGGCCGUGGAGGUCAAGGUCGCACCCGUUGGUGACGGCUGCGGGAUCGAGGCGCCGGUUGUGGAGUUCCGGCCGGGUGGUGGGAUCCACGCCGGGAGGAAGUUGAAUGGCUUCCCCAUCGACGUCUCCGCCUUUUCCGCCGGCAGCAGAGGCGGGAUUGAUGGGCUGCUCUCCGGGUUUGAGGUCAGCGCCAGGAGCGUCCUUCCGCUCCCGAAUCGCACCGCUAUCCACUUCAAAUGGGGUCUGAGAGUGCCGCCGGAGCUCCGCACUGCCUUCGAUGAUCCGAUGGCUCGGAUCUCGCUGAGCAAGCUCCCACUCCUCGCCAUGAGAAAGAUCUCGAUCGAACGUUUGACGGAUGACCAGAAUGUGCAGAAGAAGAAUCCCGCUGCUGCCACUGAGGCAAUGGAUGCGUGCGCCUUGGUGAGGCAGGAGAUCGAGGCUCUGCAAUCUGAGAGCAAGCUGCUGAGGGGGGCCGUGGAGGACCUCAGGGCAGAGGUUGGAGGCUGGAAGUUCACUGCGGCAGGGACCAAUGGGCGUUCACCAAGUAACACUGGGAAGCACAAGGGCAUCAAUGAGGAGCUAAUGAAGCCUGCAUUCAUGAGUUCCUCCACCACGGCAGUCUGAGAAAAUGGGGCUGGAGGUUUGCAACUCUUUACAUUUUGGUGAAUGCAAGCUAGAAAAAUAACUAGUAACCAAUAAUCCCUAUAUCCUAUUUUCCUUGGCAUAAUUGUGGUAGUAUCUUUUGUUAGGAUAUGUAAAUGCUGCCUAUGUUUGUACUUGCCGUGGAAUGCUAUUGCAUUUGAUAAUUAAGUUAUUUCCAGGGGUUGCUUUUC